AUGCCUAGAGUUGCUCCAUUAUCCCUCUGCUAUGCUCAGCUUGUCAAAGGCUCUUGGCCAAACUCUUUCCCCAAGCAACUGGCCACGAGUCGAAGAAGGCCAGGACUGACCCAAGCGGAAUACUUGUACCACCACACUAUCGUUCAUGGACAAAAAGCAUGGAAUGCCCCAGAUACUGAGGAUCAGCCGCUCACGUACAUUCAAGAUCUUGUCUUUGACUCGGCUUACGGGAUAAACACUUCAGUUCCUGCCUUGUCACCCAGUUUCGUUGGUCAUCAGGAUAUCACUGAGCUUUACAGCCGUUCCGAGGUAGCAUUUCGACUGCCACCUGUAAAUAACUAUACCGCGUCAGUGAUUGGCCCGGACGGAUUGUCGUUCAACGACCUGCCUGUGACACUCAGUCUCUACGCGUAUGAGACGUUCAGGGCAGUUCAAACGAAAUGCACAAAGAAGCCGACGACGCCUUUCCAUGCCUUCUUUUGGGCCUUCGGCGCCGCUGCAAAUGCCAACACCAUAGUAUUCAACAAUGCUACAUUCGCCGAUGCAAUUGCAAACACCUUACUUGAUGCUUUGCCGAGUGGGUCUAUCUACAAUCUGAGCAUACACACGCCGAUUGCCGAUCUUGAUUCCCGGCCUUACUAUGGCGGUCUCAAUCACCCAACCGUCAACGCGGUCCUGAAGUUCUGGCUUUGCAAUGACAACACAUCUGUAUUCGCAUUUCGCAAAGCGCAAUUAGGCCUCAUUGAGAAGAACAACCAGCUUGGUCUUGAUCUUUCCAACACGUUCGUUCAGUUCACACGCCAAACCGUCAUUUACGAUCGUACAGUUGGGCAGGGUGUUAGGGGUGAUGUUGUGCUCAAUGGACCAGCAUUCUGA